UGGGGACAUAGAGUUCAGCUUUAGUUGAAAUCAGGCUAGGUGUGAAGUGAACUUUGUGGCUUAUUAGUUUAAGCUAAUGUGAAACAUUCAGGAAGACCUCUCUCCUGGUUUUAUGUCAAAGCUUAAGUAAAUGGCAAUCCAUCAUUUUAAUAUACUUAAUGGACGGUGUUACUGUUGUUCUGCUAUGCUUUGUUAUUACACGUGAAACAUUCAGUAUGACAACAUAAUAAAUAUAAUUUAUUAGGUGUGGGUAGUACUGGCCUGAAAUCAGAUCUAGGUCAUCCUCCAGAGUUUAGUUGCAGCUUCUUUUCGGUGUGAAAAAUAUGCCAUUUUGCUCUACCAGCCACUGUUAGCAUUAAUCCUCUUUAAAUUUUCCAAGUAAUGUUAGUUGGUUCAUUUAAUGUAUUUUAUGAUCCGGUGGUUUGCUAAUUAUUAAUUGUUCAAGACCCCAAUUAUGUUUGCCUUUUGUAUUUGUUGCCUAGUGAUUAACUUGUUUACCAAGUAAAGGAAUAUGUAUGGUCGCCUGAACUGUUAUUAAGCCAAAAGAAAGAAAAAAAUAAAGAAAGGUAACAAUAUUUUCUCAAUUUUUUUAAUCACAAAUUCAAUACUCAAAAGUGUGAAGGGAGGAAAGAGUGAGUGUCAUAUGAAAGUGGCCUUGUUGACUAUCGGCCUUUCACACUCUUCCAUGAUCACUGGGUGAGUUCAUAUGUAGUUUGACAUAGGUUAGUGCCGAAUGUCCUCCUAGGAUAAAGAUACCUCCAAAUGUUUAUAUAUAUAUUAUUCGAUGUAAUAUAAAUCCUAAAGUAUGUACAAACAAAUUAACCAAUAAAAAUUGAACACAUUAAAUUCUCUUGGAUUAAUCAUCAAACAAAAGCUCAGCCGGUCAGAUUCCACAGACACACAUUUAUAUAUAUAUAUAUAUAUAUAUUUAUACUGCUUGGUGCGUGUGAGAGAUAUUUUUGAUCAUAAUAACGCACCUAACUCCCGGUGCUGGCUGAUCUAGUUACUGUACAAACUCUUCAAUUUUUCAACCAAAUUGGAGAACUCAGACAUGGGGUCGAUUGCCAAGAAAGGGUUGAAUCAAUACUUAAUGCAGCUUCAGCAACACCCUCUCAGAACUAAGGCAAUUACAGCGGGGACAAUAGCAGGGCUUAGCGAUAUAGUUUCUCAAAAACUGACUGGUAUACAGAAACUUCAAUUGAAACGUAUUCUUCUUAAAGUGAUUUUCGGAGUUGCUUAUCGUGGUCCAUUUGGACAUUACCUGUACAUAAUUCUAGACAAAAUUUUCAAGGGGAAAAGGGAUACGAAAACAGUAGCCAAGAAGGUGCUGCUGGAGCAGGUUACUUUUUCUCCUUGGAACAACCUGGUUUUCAUGGUUUACCUUGGGCUGGUUGUGGAGGGAAGACCUUGGGUUCAUGUGAAAGCUAAAAUAAAGAAGGACUAUCCAACAAUACAAUAUACUUCAUGGACGUUCUGGCCUGUUAUUGGUUGGAUCAAUCACCGCUAUGUGCCCCUGCAAUUCCGUGUGAUCCUUCAGAGCUUAGUUGCAUUUUGCUGGGGAAUCUUUCUAAAUCUUCGAGCACGAUCCAUCGUCUUACCAAAGCCCAAAUGAAGCAACUCAGUUUGCUUGAAUAAGUUAAAGCUCCUAGAUCCCAGCUAUUCUUAGUCUGCUAAGUAGAUGAUCUAUUUUGAGUAUUCAUCAACUCAGAAGAGUAUCCUGAACUUUGUUUAUUAUAAUAUACACUGGAUCUUAUGCUUAAUGAUUCCUAUCUUAAGCCAGUUUUGGUUGUUAUCUAAUCAUUAAGCAAUCAAGAUUUUAUUUAUCUUCUAAUAACAGAAA